UUUUGAUCGAUAAUAUGUGAUAAAGUAACUUCUACGUUUUAUUUUCUAAAAACGUUUUAAUCCGACAGGAUAUUCAUUUUCACGGGAAUAAUUGGAUCUUUACUGAUCACCGUCAAGGUUUCCAUUUACAGAUAUGAAGCCCAACAUUACCCUAUUUAUCUGUCUAAUGAUCAUCACAGGACUUUCGGUUUUAACAGUAAUUCAUAGAGCACCCGUCUUUCAGCACCUUUACACAUAUGGAAGUAGAUUCUUCGAUGUCGAUACAAACAUGUCACUGCACAGGGACCUUUUAACUAAGAAUAUGGCAACGCAGGCGCGUCCUGUAAUAAAAAUAUCACCGAAAACAACAAGAAAAGCAACCACUGCCACCGCAACUACAAAUUCAAAUAUUGCAUCAGAAGAUACAAAUACUGUAGCUUACACGGAUAUCUCUUUAAUCAAUUCCCCUAGUUGGUAUUUAAAUAGAAUUCGACUUGAAAAUGUAUUUAUAAACUGUGAAAUAAAAACUUGCCGUGUGAGAAAUGGUUGGGAUUACUUCAACACCAGUGAUGCAGUGGUGUUUUAUGCGGUAGAUUUACCAUUGAAAACGCCACCCAAACGCAUUAAUCGGCACCAAAUUUGGGUAGUUUCUGGAUGGGAAUCUCCGCACCACACCAGAUGUCACGUGUUUUCAAACCCGGAGUGGAGAAAUCAAAUCAACUGGACCAUGACAUAUCGAUUAGAUUCCGAUAUUCCCGUGCCUUACGGAAUAGUGAAAAAAACUGAGAAUAAAUUCAAUAAAAAUUAUAGUGCAAUUAUGAAAAGUAAAAAGAAAAUGGUAGCUUGGGUCGUAAGUAACUGUCGGACACCAGCAAAACGUUGGAAGUACGUAGAACAACUGAAGGAAAUAGUUCCAGUGGAUGUGUUUGGAAAGUGUGUUUCGGCCACCCCUACAGAUAUUUUCGAAAUGAUAAACAAGACCUACAAAUUCUAUCUCGCAUUCGAAAAUUCACUAUGCAAAGACUAUAUUACGGAAAAGUUUUUUAGAAGGCAAAAUUUAGACGUUGUACUGAUAACCAGAGGUAUUGGGAACUAUACCAAG